UAUUACACAUGCUAGAGCGAGCUGCUCAAUCUGGCUCACCUAAAGAAAUGCUUGAAUGUUUUAAUCAACUGAUACAUACAGAGAACAAAGUGAACCAAGAAAGUUUGGACCAAGGUCUGCUUUUGUCUUGUAGGUAUGGUAGAGAGUUUCUGGUAAAGGUUCUUAUAUUUCAUGGUGCUUAUAUUGAGACGAGAGACGACAAAGGCAACACACCACUUUUGAUAUGUGCUGAGAAAGGUUUCACUGACAUAGCUAUGUUACUGGUUGAUAAAGGCGCUGAUAUCAACAGUUGCAACAAAGAUGGUGACACAGCACUUUUACUUUCGAUCACAACAUCCGGGUCUUCUCAUCUUGUUAUGAAACUUCUUGACAAAAAAGAUUUAAAUAUCUCUCAUAGAAACGAAAAGAAAUAUGAUGCUUUGAUGAAAGCAGUUGAAGUCCUAAACUUACAACUAAUUAGAAUAGUAUUUAAAAUGCAGCCUACUUCAAGUGCCGGUGUUGCUUCGAUAUUUUCUGAAAAUUUAGGAUUAUGUUCGCUGUUAGAUGUUUUGGAUCAAAAUUCACAUGAAGGUGAAACAGCUUUACUAACUGCAGUUUUAAAAAGAGACAUCUACCUUAUUCAGCUUCUCUUAGUUAAUGGAGUGUUUGACUUUAAAGACAAACAAGGAAAAGACUAUAACAUUGUUUCAGAAUUUCUAAACUCAAUACUAGUGAGCGGAAAAGAAGUUUGUGAUGAAGAUUUGAAUGUAAUUAAGAUACUAAUCAAAGCUGGAGCUCAACUAAACUCUGCAAACAAUACUCGAGAAGAAUGCCCUUUAGCAACAGCUGUCACCUUAGGAAGCGCUGAUCUAAUUAAAUUAUUGUGUCUCAAUGGAGCUGAGGUAAAGCAGUGUUCGUAUUAUUUUAAUUAUAAAGCCCCAUUAGCUUUAGCCGCAGAGUAUGGACGUGGUGAUAUUAUAAACCUCCUAAUUGAAUUAGGAGCGAAGGUAAAAUAUGAUCUUGAUUCAGCACUGCAAGUGGCAAUUGAGCAUGAUCAAUUAGUUUGUGCGAAGCUGCUCGUUGAACAUGGGGCGAAGAUUAAUCCUGAUGCGGUUCUUAGAUUUAUUGUAAGAUUUAAUAAAAUUGAUUCUUUUUUGUUUUUGAAAGAGCACUUUCAAGAUUGUGUUAGUUCUAAUAUACGACAAAUAGGAACAAAGUUGUUAGAUCUUGCAGCAGAAUUGGGACAUAAGGACAUGAUCAGAUUGUUGGUGCAGGAAGGUGUAAGUGUUAAUGGUGAUAUCUACACCUACACACCACUAUUAUCGGCAAUUGAUUCAACUGUUAUGGAAGUCUUAAUCAAUCUUGGUGCUGACGUCAAUCUGACAAUGAAGCUCAACAUCGCAGAUUCCGUUCUAAAUUGUAUUUUAACUGAAACUGAACUUAAAAGAGGAAGGACAAAAGACAGCUUUAUUGAGAGAGUUAAACUACUUAUAAAGUAUGGAGCGAAUGUAAAUUUCAAGGACCAUAAUGGCAAAACACCAUUAAUGAAAGCUGCAAAAAUAUCAGAUAUGCAAGACGUCUUACGAGCCAUUUUGCAAGCUGGGGCUGAUGUCAAUCAACAGAACAACAAAGGGGAAAGUGCUUUACAUUAUGCUGCUGUUUGUGAAUCUACCGAUAAUGCCAAAACUCUGUUGGAGUUUAAGUCGGAUAUAAAUUUACAAAAUAACAUGGGUAUGACACCGUUAUUCUACUCUUUACCGCGGGGACACAAGGACAUGAUUGAUUUCUUGAUAGAAAAUAAUGCUGAUGUAAAUCGAAUGGAUAAUAAAGGCAAUACACCUUUAUUGUAUGCAUGCUCUCCCUUUUUUAAUGAUCCGAUUGAGGCUAUAAAAAUUUUAGUAUCAGCUAAGGCUUUUGUAAACCAUCAAAACCACGAAGGGUAUACAGCUCUAAUGUUAGCUGCUAAACAGACAAACUUCGAAAUUAUAAACACAUUGCAUGACUCUGGUGCAAAUGUCAAUAUAGUAAAUGAACUGAAAAACGAAACUGCUCUCUCAAUACUUAUAAGCUUGGACUUUGAUAAGCGAUUUAAUGAAGCAACACUUUAUCUGAUAGAAAAAGGAGCAGAUGAUUCAAGUUUGGAUCCAUGUCUUAUCCAUGAAAUAAUCAUCAGCAAGGAGUUCAGCUGUUUACAAAUAUUAAUAUCAUUAGGUCUUGGACCAAAAGAGGUUAAAGCUGUUGAUUUGGGUUUUUAUGAAUACAAAUCUAUAAUUCAAACUGCUUCUCCACUUGUGGUAUCAUUGAUUUGCGGAUCGGUACGAUUGGCUCGAUAUUUAAAUGAAAUUUGGUUUCUAACCCAGGCCGACGUAUUUAGUCUCGCCAAAAAUAAACAGUUUAGAACAUGUAUGGCUGUUAAAAAUUAUAGCGAGUGUUUAGAAUUUUUGGACGAGUACUCAUCCCAGCCCAUGUCUCUAAAGAAACUCACUUUUGUUGUCGUAUCGUCUGCUGUAGGUGCUGGGCCUGGGAGAAAAGAACGGGUGAUAAAACUCCCAAUCCCAACUGCAUUGCAUGAAUUAUUGUUAUUUAAAAGAGCGGCAGCCACAGAAAUUAUAAAAAAGGAAAGUGUGAAAGAAAUAUCGAUGCAUGACCGACAAGAAAUGAUACGUUUGCUUUACAAAAGUAUAAAUAAACGCGCAUACGAGUACAGUAGCUAUGGUGAUGACUACUUCCUAUAUGGGAUCUACGACAGUGACUUUGUGUAUGAUUCAGAAAAUGAUUCAAAAGGCUCGGAUGAUUACUAAUUGAGUUAAUACUUAUUUUAUUUAACUAAAAUUAUAAGGAUAAAAAGUAAUUAGCAUAUACAAUUUUAAUAUUUUUUUUAGAAAAGCGUUAAAACAAAGAUAUAAUUUGUAGAUCGUAUAUUGUACUCCUAUUGACUUUGUUAAGA